UGAAAGUGGACCGGAAAUUAAACAACAUGGCGAGUUGCGGGGAACCAUCCCGAUCGCCGGAGGCAACGGCGGAGGACGUACCGGCGGGCCUCACGGCGGAGGAGUACGCGGAUCUACGUCCCAGAAUCGAUUCCCACCACCGGUACCGCGUGGGCCCUGGGCAGUGCUCCUCGCUGCUGGCCCAGCGCAUCCGCGCCCCCGCCUCGGCUGUCUGGUCGGUGGUCCGGCGAUUCGACAGCCCGCAAGUCUACAAGCACUUCAUCCGCAGCUGCACCAUCAGUGGCGGGGCGGGGGAGGAAAUCCGGCCGGGGUGCCUCCGCGAGGUGAGCGUCAUCUCCGGGCUGCCCGCGAGCACCAGCACCGAGCGCCUCGACGUCCUCGACGAGGACCGGCGCGUGUCGGGAUUCACCAUCGUCGGCGGAGAGCACCGCCUCCGGAACUACCGAUCGGUCACCACCGUCGACGAGCUCCGCGGCGGAGGGGGCCAGAUCCGUGCGGUCGUGCUGGAGUCCUACAUCGUCGACGUGCCCGAAGGCAACACGGAGGAAGACACUCGGCUCUUCGCCGACACCGUCGUGCGCCUCAACCUCCAGAAACUCGCCUCCGUAGCGGCGGCCGCGGCCGCCGCAGAGGAGCGGCGGCGGAGCUGAGGCAGCGAAAUAGGGUAUUUUCUACGGGAAAAUUACAGAAACAUCCUUCUAUUUUGCUGCAAUCGCAGAAAACCUCUCUGCUGUUCAUCUUCUACAUCAAACUUGGACGCUUCAAUAAUUCUCCCCCAUCUCUCUCUCUUC